AUGGAACAACUUAACUCCACUGUGGUCCCUUCUAACUUCUCCUCUCCUGGACAUCCACCUGCUCCCUCCUGGGACUCCAGAGGUCUGGUCCCUGCGAUGGUACUGUCUGUCUGCUUCCUGCUGGGAGUUCCUGGAAACAUCGCUGUGAUCAUCCUCAGACCAAACUGGCAGCACCUGUCCAGUCUGAGCCAGAGUCUGAUGCUGAAUUUGGCCGUAUCAGACCUGCUCUGCCUGCUCACCCUGCCCCUGUGGAUCUACACUUUACUGUACGGCUGGAUCCUUGGCCUGGUGACCUGUAAGCUCCUGGCGUAUCUCAUUUACUGCAGCAUUUACAGCAGCAUGCUGACUGUGACAGUCCUGAGCAUUCAACGCUAUCUACUGGUGGUGCGCCUACAAAAAUUCUUCGAUCAGGGAGGAAGGAGGAGGCUGCUGGUUCUGCUCUGGCUGGUUGCAAUAAUCCUCUCCAUCCCUGUUUUAGUGGUUCGGCAGCUCACCACAGACCGGCAGUGGAUAACCUGCCAUGCUGUCUUCUCUUCCGAGGCCCAGCAGGUGGCCGUGCUGCUCUCAGAGACACUGAUAGGAUUUGCCUCAAUUUCUGUUGUGGCCUUUGCGUACCUCAGCCUCAAAAGAAAAGUGAACCAGGAUGCUUUUUUCAACAACCCACAGACCACAAAGCUAGUCACGACUAUCAUCGUGACCUAUUUUGUCCUCUGGGUGCCAUAUCUUAUCUUAAAUAUGCUUGGUGUGGCAGCUGUUUCAAGCAGAAGUGAGGGCCUGCUGGAGUUUUAUGUGGAGAGCUCAAGCAUUGUUGGAGCGCUGACAUUUGUGAAUAGCUGCGUGAAUCCGCUCCUUUAUGCAUUUGCUUCUAGAAACAUGUGUACUAUAUGCCAAAAAAGGGCACAUUAG